GUUAUUAGUGCGUGUGGAGGAAGCUGCAGCCUUAAUUACACUCAUGAACUAACACAUCUGGACGAACCGAGGAGAACCGAACCUCCAUGGAUUAGUCCGCCACAGCUGGACACUUUUCCCUGCCUCUUUUUCCUUCACUAACUUUUUUGUUUGUGGAGUAUUUUUACGCGACAACUCCGACUGAAGCUGGGGAACCCGGAGCAGCGCACCAUGUUCCAGCCGACACCCAAGAGGUGUUUCACGAUAGAGUCCUUAGUGGCCAAGGACAGUCCGGUCCCGGCGUCCCGCUCCGAGGAGCCCAUCAGGCCGGCGGCUCUCAGCUAUGCAAACUCCGGACAGAUGAAUCCUUUUCUAAACGGCUUCCACUCCGGAGGCAGAGGCGUCUACUCGAACCCGGACCUCGUGUUCGCCGAGGCGGUCUCUCACCAGCAGAACUCAGCGGUGCCGGUCCACUCGGUGGCUCCGCCGCACGCGCUGGCCGCUCACCCGCUCUCCUCCUCGCACAGUCCGCACCCACUUUUCGCCAGCCAGCAAAGAGACCCGUCCACCUUCUACCCCUGGUUAUUACACAGAUAUAGAUAUUUGGGACACAGGUUUCAAGGGAACGAAACGAGUCCGGAGAGUUUCCUUUUGCACAACGCGUUGGCCAGAAAGCCCAAAAGAAUCCGGACCGCGUUCUCGCCGUCCCAGCUGCUGAGACUCGAACAUGCGUUCGAGAAGAACCACUACGUGGUGGGCGCGGAGCGGAAGCAGCUGGCGCACAGCCUCAGCCUCACGGAAACUCAGGUAAAAGUUUGGUUCCAGAACCGACGGACGAAGUUCAAGCGUCAAAAGUUGGAGGAAGAAGGGUCGGAGUCGCAGCAGAAGAAGAAAGGCUCGCACCACAUAAACCGGUGGAGACUGGCGACCAAGCAGGCCAGUCCGGAGGAGAUCGACGUCACCUCGGACGAUUGAUCGCGCACGGACUCGGAGGACUCGAAGCAGUGAGAGGGGUCUUUUCUCGCGACACAUUUCAGAUCCGCGUGGAUCGGCAGCUGAUGGGAGCUGGUGGCACCGCUUCUGCUCGGUUCUGACAAUCCAAACUAGAGACUGGCGCGGAGUCAGCGACCCUCCACGACACUCAUCCACCUCCCGACACACUUUGCACUUGUUUUUAUUUAAAAGAAACACACAGACACUUCCACGCAAGAAACCAAAACUUUGUACAACUUGAAUUGCAUGGCCGAGUUUUUUUUUUUUUUUCACCAGAAGAAGACAUUUUGGACUCUAUUUUCCCACGGAGACAUGUCGUGAAUAAUUUUUUUUUAGAAAGUGUGCAGUCUUGAAUUCAUGAGUUGAUGAUGAUUCUCGUGUAAAAGUGAUCGUGAAAACAUAUGAAGUAGCGGUGCUGCGUGAUUUUGGUGUCUCAGUAUCAAAUCCACAGAGACGCGACCACAAACUCUCUGACGGAACUUUCCCCCAAAAGCUUUACAGUGGGUCGACGUGGAUCCUCCACUCUAAAGUUGCCACGAAGGAAUUGAGGAGUGGAAUUAAAAAAAAAAGAAGAAGCACUGACCGUAUUCCAUGUACAGAAAUGAUAAAUGUUUCUGUUCUCUUUUACACAACUUGUACAUAGUUUUGUGUUUGUGUUAAGUUUGCUACAGUUUUAACACAAAUGAAACUUCCAAGAAGUCAUUGUCAAUAUUUUGUCAAUAAAGUUUUAUCAAUAUGAGGCGCGCACCAAUAUUAGAUUUACGAUCUCUAGCUUGUUCUUCAAACAAAUGUCAGUGCUUGACGAUUUCAAUUUAAGUGUGAAUUGAAUUUGGCGCAAACCUGAUGCAGUGUUACACAAGUAGGAUAAUUGCUCAAUGAUACUUAGGUGGAUCUUGGCAGACGAUGUAAACACUGUCGUUGAAGGCGAUUUAAAUGGAUGAGCCACAAAAACUCGACCUGACGCGUUAAAACGGUGCAACCAGGCGCUCAAACAUGAUCUGUUUUGCGCCGUUUCAGUCCACUUCUGCUCAUGCGCAGAUGGACGAGUUAAUUUAUUCAAGGUGAUUUAUUGCUCAUAAUUAAUAUUUUAGCGUAAUUCAUUAAAAACAAAACAUUACACGCGUUCUCUUUCUAAAAAUAAAACUACAAUUCGGAUAGUGGCCACUUCCGGUGUUACCAUAGUAACACGACGGGCUGCAGCUAGCUAAGUUUACGGCGUUUAAAAAAUAAAUACGACAAACAUUCGACAUUUUUGGAGGCUUGAACCAUAGUAGAUGGAAGACAAUUUCGAGUUUAUAAAAAUGUGUCCACUCUAAUUCGGGUUCAAACAUGGCUGCCGUUUGCUUCAAUUACAAUUGAAGCGCGGGACCGAGCGGAUCUACGCGUCCAUUUGGUUUUAAUCGUACAGUUUAACAUUUAUUUAAUUAGUCGACAGAGUGGCUUUUGCGAUGGUGACGUCAUUCUUAGCAAAACAAAUCCAUUCAAAUCAUUUCUAGAGUUAUAAGCGCGAUAAUUCGACCUAAUGAUACACAGACAAAUAUGACGCUAUUGACAAACCUCGUCAAUUUCCUGGCAAAUAUCUGGAGUAUAGCUAGACCGAAUUAGACGGGCCCGCGCACACGCACCGCUAACCCACUCGCGCACGCGCGGCAGGCUUUUGUGAAAGUGCAAAUCAGUUUGGGCAAUUAUCA